GUUGUGAUUAAUCGUCAGAUACAGUCAUGAGUUCCGUGACGAAUAGUUCAGUAAUUGAAUUUAACUCAGAUUUAGUACAACAUCUUAGAUCGUUGUAUGGCUUAGAAACACAGGAGAGAUUUGACGAGGCCAUCAACAUUUUGAUAGAAUGGAUCAAGAAACAGGAUCACUUAAUACAAAAAGAUACAAGAAGAGAUUAUUUGGGAAAAUUAAUCAUAUUUUGUAAGGGUUCCGUGGAAAAAGCAAAGGUUAAAUACGACAGAAUAUGCACAUAUAGGACGUUAUUGCCAGAGUAUUUUGAGCCAUUUGAUAAAAAAAACUUGGGAAACAUGAAUUCCUGCUUUCUACCAACACCGGUUAAAGAUGAUUACAGAGUGUUCAUACUAAAAACCUACAGUGGACGUUUCAGUCGUGGUUUUUUUAACUAUUACAAAUUUAUGCUCAUGAUAAGCGAAUACUUACAGACUUAUGAUUACUGCAAUAACAUAUUGGCGGUAGUCGAUCAUUUUGAAGCAGACCUCCAAGAUAUAAUAAAGAAUACAAAUGUAGUCGAGCUUCGUAAUGUCCUAUCAAUAAUAACUGAAGGUUACGGAUUGAGAGUAAAAGGCAUUCAUAUAUUAACCACCUCGAAAGCAGUAGAUUUUUUCCUACAAAUCUUUAAACAAGCUGUAAAUUCAAAAAUAGCACAACGAAUACAUGUACAUGCAAAAAUAGACACGUUAUAUGAAUAUGUACCAAAAGAUUCGUUGCCGUUGGAUUAUGGCGGAAAGGAAAAAUCGAUCGAAACACUUUCAAAUAAUUUAAUAAACGCAUUGACUUCAAAAGAAUUUCUAGAGCAUUAUAAUGUUAUGAAACAAUUUCGCACUAACGAAGCUUGUAGAAGUCAAGACAAAUACAGCGAUCACAUGGGAUUAGCAGGGUCAUUUAGAAAAUUAGACAUAGACUAAAUUAAGAAAUGCUCAGUCUACUGACAAUUGAAAACUUAUUACACAUAGCAAAGUUAGAAAGGAGUAACAUCAGUAAGGAGGUGUAUGCCUGAAAAGAAUGCCUGUAAAUGUAUCCUAAUGUUGUAUCAAAUGAAAGAGCACUGAAAAAGAAUAUUAAUGACUUAAUCGAC